AUCUGUUGUUCAUUUGUUCACUCAAUGUAUAUGUUCUAUUUCAAUACAAAACAUUUCUCUUUAUUUUUUCAGGCAUGGGAAAAAUUCCAAUAAUUAUAUUAUGCAUGCAUGUGCUUGAUCAGUGACAUUGUAAAGUUCUAAUAGAAGCAGGCAGAUUGAUGUCCAAUGCUCUGACGACUGCAAUUGCCUUGAAAGUCAUAGCCUCCCUGUUGAGUCAUGGGCAUGACAUCACUCACAGCCUCUGCACACCUGACCAACAGGGCUACUCUGCUCUUCAUUAUGCUGUUUUGUACAAGGAUCUUGCAAUGGUGAAUAAACUUCUCAUGUAUGCAGAUAAAAGAUGCAUAAACAUAGAGAGUCAUGAUCGAUCCACUGCUCUGCUGCUUCUCUGUAGAAACUGCUCAACCGCAGACCUGGAGGAAGAAAUAUUGGCGAGCCUUCUACAAGCUGGGGCAAAUCCCAACCUGCCUGAAAAAGAUCCAUUUUCCCUGCCCUUGUUGUGCGCCCUGGAGAGACGCUGGUGGCGAGGAACUGAGCUAAUGCUGGACGCAGGGGCGGACGCCACAGCCAAGGAUUUUGAGCACAAUAAUCUUCCAGCCACAUUCUUUGCUCGGGAUAAUAUCGAAAUACUGAGGAACCUUUUGAGUAGAGGAUGUCGCUGCCCUCACCUCGAAGUUUGGAUAACUAAUAGAAGUGUAACAGAUGCCCAGUUAGAGACCAUAUUGCCGUACAUAUUGCCUCGCCUUAAGAGUUAUAGGCCGUAUGAUCUGCUGGUUGUUGCUGUCCAGGCAUCGUACCACAAGAGCGCUAUGUACAUUCUGGAGCAUGGCGUGUUUGACACUAUCAAUGUAUUUCAGAACAUAAUCUAUGUUACCUUUAAACUUAACAUUGGAAUCAACUGGGCAGGCAAGAACAGGUAAGAGUUGUUAAAUCAGAGUUGCACUUGGUACCUAACCAGGUAGCUGCCACCUACCCACAUGGGUUGGGUUUUUUAACGUGAAAACCCCGGAAUAAAAAGGGUUUUACAAAAAAAAACUAACAAUACAUCAAAAUGAUCCCAUGUUUGAAUUUCAGAAUGUAUCUAUUAACCCAUUAAUGACAAUAAUUAUUUUUUAU